GCCUAUCAGCGUGUAUGCUAUAAGGGGAGGCCUCUUUCAUCAUUUAGAGUACCAGACAUGGGUAUUUCCGAACCUGAACAACAUAAAUCUGUAUAUGAACAAUCAAGGCCUGGAUAUGAACAAUCAAAACCUGGAUAUGAACAAUCAAGGCCCGGAUAUGAACAACCUAAACCUGCAUAUGAACAAUCAAGGCCUGAAUAUGAACAAUCAAACCCUGGGCAAUUCAAAGGUCAACAACCCAAAUCACUAGUUACACAGAAACAAUGCAUUACCACACUGGGUGCAAGUAAUGUAUCAAUUAACACACAAAGAACAGGCCAAGUGCAGUCAGUUUUAUCUGAACCAGUGGAUGAAGCACACUGUUUAACAUGGUGUAAGGUGCGUCUUAUAAGCAAUGCAGAAUUAAACCCAUCAAAUCAGUGGCUGCCAAACAACUUUUGGUCUUCUACUGGGUUUAAAGAUGUGGAGUUUUCUGGAGAUUUUAUGUCAAAAUAUAUUGAAACAAUUGAUAUCUGGUGAAAUAUGAUGUCACAGUUUACAGGUUUAUUGUGGGUG